UAUGUUUGUGUUCGUAUUGUUGUGUGGAAUGUUCUUAUUAUUACCGGCAAAUAACGUUAUUAUCACGUCAAUAGUCGCCAUGAUAAUGUGUUAGAGGAUCACCUGAAUCUGUGAGCAAAGAAGUGAUCGAACUGCGGAUAGUCGUGUGUGGUUCGCUGGUGAUUGGAUUUUUGUUGUUGGUUACCAACCACGCUGGCACGCUGCCUCUGGUAGUGGAGGCAGGCAGAGCAAGACUUGUGAGCAAGAUGCGAUAUGGACACCGCUCUCCUCACGCUGUCGUGACGCCGGCGCCGCGACCCCGGCGACCUCACAUCCCUGCUGCCCGCGUCUACCUCUUCCUGUAUCUCCUCUUUCUCUUCCUGUUCCUUUCCUGGUUUCCCCGCGUCGCCGCGCAGCCACCCGCACAGCAGGAGGCGCGGAAGUUUCCGGAACUCUUCAACGUCGCGUACAAGGGCGAGAUCGCGACCAAUCCGACGGACGCGACGUGCGGGGUUCCGUCCCGCAGCCAGUACUGCCGCAGCUCCCGCCUCCCAGAGUCCGUGCGCACGUGCUCGCGCGCUAACUGCCUGCAGGACUGCGCGCACCGUGGCGCCCUCCCACCGGCGAUCAGCGCCCUCUCGCGGGCGUCGUCGCCGUCCGACGACUGCCCCGUGCCGGAUUUCGUCAACAGGCAGCCGUGGAGCCGCCAGGGGGCGUACUCGCACGCGUUCGCGGCGGGGGCGCCGCGGUGCUUCCUCAGGGUGGCGCUGCCUGCAUCGGCGGGCGACGCGGCAUUCACGGUGGCCGUGUGGGUGAACCAGGAGGCAGGAAACGUAGGGACUGUGUUGGAGAAGAGAGCGGGUGACGUCACCGUGUUCACUGUGGUUGUCAGCAACAGUCGCGUGAUCAUCCACUACAGAGCGGAGGAGAGCGAGGACAGACUGCAUGUUGUUGGCUUCGAGGGAGGCGUCGGCGCGAACACGUGGACUCACGUGGCUCUGCAGGUCUACGACACAUACGUCUCGUUGUUUCUCAACGGAACGACGGCGGGCGGCAACACGUUUGACACAAGGCUGUUGGAUGGUCAGGUGUUGGACGUAGAUGGCGUGGCGACGAUCGGACAGAAUGCAGACGAGUCACAGCAGUUUGUCGGUCGGCUUCAGGACCUGCGAUACUUUCAGACGGCGUUGUCAAACAGAGAGGUCACCGAGGUCAUCGAGGGGGAGCUUCCGGCGGUGCACUCGUUGCCGGCAUGUCGCUGCCCCGCCUCCCACCCGCGCGUCCUCCCGCACAACGACCGAUUCUGCAUCGCCAACGGCGUCCCGGACACCAGCCUCGACACGGCGCCUCGUCUCCACGGCAACGCGCACCCGCUGCAGUACGCGAACGAUGGUGACUCGAACAGCUUCUGGGUUUCAUCGUUCCUCGACCAGGUCUCAGUGAGCCUGCGCAUGAAGAACGGCCAGUACCAGGUGUUUUUCGUCAUGCUACAGUUCUACAGUCCGCAGCCGCGGGCCGUCAUCGUUGAGAGGAAGACGUCGCCGCAGUCUGAGUGGGAGCCGUGGCAGUACUAUGCAGACGACUGCAUGAUGAGGUUUGGACUGCCCAACAGGGGGCAGCUGCGUGGCCCCACUGACAUCAACUGUCUGCAGUAUGAGACGGUGAACGGCAGUGCUUCAGUGCCAUACUCUAAAGGCAACAUCACCUUCAACCUGUUGUCACCGGACCCACCGGCAAGACCCUCUCACAACAUCUUCUACAACUCUGUCGAGCUGAAAGAAUUUGUCAAGGCCGUCGAGGUCAGAGUGAGGCUUCAGGGACAUUUCUACGUUGACCCCAGCAAUGACCUCUCCAGACACCGUUACUUUGGUCUAUAUGAGUACAUCGUGACAGCCAGGUGUAACUGUCAUGGACACGCAGAGAGCUGUGAUGAAGACGCUGUGCCGUACAAAUGUCACUGUGAUUCACGGAGUCAUACGGAAGGUGUACAGUGUGACAGAUGCAUGCAGAUGUAUAACGACAAGCCCUACAGAGAUGGAGAUCAGAUCAACGCGUAUCCCUGCAAGCGGUGUGAAUGCUUUGAGCACGCGCAGGCCUGCUACUACAAUGACACUCUCGACCCGUUCCCUCACCACUACCACCUCGGUGGCGGUGGCGUAUGUGUCAACUGCCAACACAACACAGAGGGCAGGCAGUGCGAAUCCUGCAAUGUAAACUUCUUCCGUCCGAUCGGCAAGGACAUGACGGCGGUGGACGUGUGUCAGCCGUGCGAUUGCUCGGCUGUAGGAGUAGACGGAACGGACCUCACAUGUAAAAAGGUCGGCGGGCAGUGUAAGUGCAAGGAGAACGUCGACGGUCGUAGCUGCGACGUGUGCAAGCCCGGAUUCUUCAACCUCCGCUCUUCCAAUGCGUUCGGAUGCGAGUCGUGUGGAUGCGACGCCAGCGGGGUGAUGCGCGGAAACAUGUCCUGCCAUCAGAGCAAUGGCCAGUGCCAGUGCAAACCCAACGUCAUGGGUGUGAAGUGCGACCAGUGCAAGUAUGGUUACUACGACCUCGCUCGCUCCAAAACAGAGGGCUGCAGUCCGUGUAACUGCAAUCCUCUCGGCUCGUCGAUGAUCUACUGCGAUCCGAUAAGCGGACAGUGUCUGUGUAAGGGCAACAUCACGGGGCGCAUGUGUGACGAUUGUCACAGUGGUUUCUACGGAUUCCAAGGUGGCUGCCGGUUGUGUGAUUGUGAUGCACUAGGAACCGAACCUGGCACUUAUUGUAACAAGAACUCGGGACAGUGCGUGUGCAAGGUGAACGUGGUCGGUACGCGGUGUGACGAGUGUGCUGAUGAAUUCUGGGACCUGGGCGGCUCGCCUGCCCUCGGCUGUCUCAGCUGCGACUGCAGCAGUGCGGGUACAGUCAACGGGACGACCUUCUGCAACAAGACGACGGGAACGUGCGUCUGCAAGAGCAGCGUCGUCGGCAAGGAGUGUAACCGCUGCCAGCAGAACAGCUGGGGUCUCUCUAUUGGUAACGAUAACGGCUGUGAGCCGUGUGACUGUGAUCCGUACGGCACGGAGGGAGGCGACGUGCCCGGGAACAACCUGACGUGCGAUGCAAACACGGGGCAGUGCGCCUGCAUGCCCGAGCGCAUCGGACGCACGUGCGACAACUGCGCGAGAGGUUACUUCGUGAAUCAGCGCGGGCGAGGCUGUCUGGAGUGCGGCUGCAGCUUCCUGUCCACAGUCCAGGGCACAACGUGCGACUCGCUGACCGGCCAGUGCGUGUGCGUGGAGCUCGGACGCGGCGUGACGGGGAAACGCUGUGACCAGUGCAUGCCCGGCUACCACCACUACGAUCGCGGCAUUGGCAGGUGUCAAUCGUGUAACUGUGACCCGGCCGGCAGCGUGAACCUGACCUGUAUCCGCAUCGGCAUGUGCGACUGCAAACCCUACACGACGGGAAACAAGUGUGACACGUGUGUGACCGCUGCCAGCAACCUCGACAUCACAAACCCGUUCGGCUGCAGCAAACGUCCGUCGCAGCAGCCGCCGCCGUAUUACACCGUCCUUGACCCGAUGACCCUGCAGAUCAAAUGGAGCGAGCCGGAUUACCCGAAUGGCUUCAUCAAGAACUACUACCUGCACAGAGAUGGUCUUCUUCGCGGAGGCAACGACUUUGCCGUGGCGUCGCGGCUCCGCAGCUCCACCACCAUCGUCCUGACCCCGCCCGGCGUUCCCGAGGGACCGUUCCCGUUCUCAGUCUCGGACGUCGGCGCUCGCUCCGCGACCUUCAACUGCCGCGGACAGCGCGCUGUCGACGGUCGCAUCGUGAUGUACAUGAUCGCGUCGACCUCCGUGCGUAGCUACCCGGACGAAGUCGUGCACUGGAGCGGGGACGGUGAGGAGAGGUUGGCCGUCGUCGACAUGCUCGUGCCGUUCACUAACUACACGUUCACGGCGGUGGCGUGCACGACCGGAGGCUGCUUGCACAGCGAUUCGGUUGCCAUAACGAGCGUGGAGGCAGUGCCGCAGGGGCAGCGGCCGCCCAACAUCACCGCGCUCAGUCCGACCGAACUCUGCGUCUUCUGGGAUCCGCCGGAUGAACCUAACGGAAUCAUCAUCUUCUACGAGCUGUGGUUCCGCGGUAAGAAGGUCGACAUGCUGGGUAACCGCGAGCCGGCGGAGACGCGAGUGUUUCACCCGGCGGGCUGGUUCAACCCGCGCCGCCCUGGCGCCGCUGCUACGGUGGCGCCCUCGCGCGGGGACGACGACCCACUGGAACCGCCCGCGACCAAUUACACGAUGGCUGGCCUGCGACCGUUCACAGAGUACGAAUUCCAGGUCAUUUCCGAGAAUGGUGCAGGGAAGAAAGCAAGCAUUUGGAUCAGUGGCAGGACAGCAGAAGACGUUCCUCUGCACGUAGACGCGCCUGAGAUCGUCGAUAUCUCCAGCGUGGCCGUCAACAUCUCGUGGAUGCCGCCGCGACUGGAUGAGAUGCAGGGCUUCAUCUCUGAGUACCGCAUCUAUCACUACGUCGACUCCAACGUGGAGUUUGCGCCGCCGAAAUACGCCCGGCUGAUAUAUUCAUCAACCAACAAUGAGACUACGUCAUACGUCGCUAGCGGCUACAGACCGUAUUCCGAACACAUGUUUCACAUCGGCGUAUGUAACCAUGUAGGCUGCGUUAACAGUUCAGUCGUCACAGGCAGGACCAUGGGAACGGCUCCGGACCAGCUGCUGCAGCCGAGGGGCGAGGGACACAACGCCACUGUCAUGGAGGUGGAGUGGGAGCCGCCACUGCAGCAGAACGGACCGGCGCCCAUCUACACGUUGACCCGCACCGUGGCUUCGUUCAGUUCGCCGCCGCCGGCUGUGGAGAACGGGAAUCAUUUCACGGGGAGCGGAUACUACAUGUUUAACCACACGGUGCUGAAGGAGAACAGUCCGUUCACGGGCAUAGAUCUAUACUUUAAAACAAGACACAACACUGGAUUGAUAUUUUACGCAACUUCCCCGGGAACCCAGGAGGAAGUGUUAGCUGUCCAGUUGCAAACCAAUAGACCAUACUUCCUAUUCGAUCCACAAGGGUGCUUCAUGCAAGUUACACCGGUCAACGACGAAGGAAUUCCUUACAGCGACGACACGUGGCACCACCUAGUGGCUAGAAGACACGGCGACUAUGGAAACAUCACGCUUGAUGAUGUGUUCUUUGGAGAUAAGAUUUCUAACUGUGACUCUGGCAGUAUCGUUGGUACAAACACGGGCGUUUACAUCGGAGGACGUCCGAGUAAUUUCGACGACAAGCGGAUUCCGCUCGCUAACGGAGACUAUCGUCUGCAGGUGACUAACUCCAACUAUCGUGGCUGCCUGCGGGACGUCAAGCUGCUAGUGCAGGUACAGCCGGAGGAAGUCUGGAUGCCUCUUGACUUCAACGAGGCCGUCAUCAACGAGAGGAUGCUGCCGACGUGGAACGGCUGUCCCACGGACACGCAGCCCGGAAUUCACUUUCUCGGCAGAGGUUACGGACACUUCCAGGCGCGAUUCUUCAUGAGGUAUCAGGGCGACCGCAGCAGUUACUUCUACUCCUUCGAGCUUCGCACGGAGGAGACUUCGGGAGUUCUCCUGUACAUGCACGCCUCCACUGGCGUAUACUGCUUCCUGCAGAUCGUCGACACAAAGCUAGAACUGAAGGCGAAAGAUCAAACCGGAUUCGAGGUCAACAUGCUGCUAGACCCGGCCAAUUUCGGAAUCUCCAUAUGCGAUACAAAGUGGCACAAAAUCGCAAUUAAUAAAACGGUCCUCGGCGUUGAGUUGUCCAUCGAUGGCAACAAGCCACCGAUGGUGUACAGUCGAAUCAAAGAUGAGGAGAGGUUUCAAAGAUUUCAAGAGCUGUACAUCGGAGGCAUACCUCCAGACAGCGUGGAGGUCCAAUACGCUGAACAGGACAACUUCAAACCUGUCAAUGGGUUCUCCGGCUGCAUGAGAAACAUCCAGCUUCGGAAGAGAGUGCUGAACUUUGUCACUCGCGGAAACAUCUCUCUGAACGUCGACCUUGAAGGUUGCCCACGAUCGGUGGCCGAACCAGUGAGAAAUUGCAUGGAUCCGGAGCCAGUGGAAAUCUACAAGGGACUCGACACGAAAGCCUACGAUCACGACUUGGAAUCUUUCUCAGAGUACAUGUAUCGUGUUACUGCUACCAAUGACGAAGGCAAUGUGACGAGUACUUGGGCCGUUGGUAGAACGAAGUAUGGAGUUCCGAAGGGCGUUGUGCCGCCGUACAACAGCUCCGCCCUGACCGGAUACGUCGCCGAGUCGAGCUGGAGACCUCCACUGGGAACGACCGGACUCAUCACCAAAUACGAGCUCGUCGCGUACAACAUGGACGACGCCGAUGCCGAUCCCGUCGUCGCCGCCUUCGACCCGCAAGAUUUCGUGGAAAAGGUCGACCCGGAGCUGUUCCUUCAAGGUCACUACGCGCAGAGGAAGUCAAAGCCGAAGAAACCUCCGGAGUAUUCCGGUAAAAUAACUGGACUGAUGCCUUAUACUAACUACUCCAUCAAACUCAUCGUGUUCACCGAUGCUGGUUUCACUGAAAGUGCCCAGGGAGACCAUAUUGUGACUGUACAAGAAGCCCCGGAGGGUGUUAUGUCGCCUGCCUAUAACGCCACACCCACGUCACUGAUGUUGUCCUGGGAAAUGCCUAAGCAUGCUAACGGGCGGAUAACCGGUUAUUUCAUCACCGUCAAUGGUCAGCUGAUAUCUAAGGGAGGACUCAUGAAACAUCAUCUAGAGAACCUGCAGGUACACACAACGUAUGACGUGUCGCUGACUGCUUGUACACAAGUCGGAUGCACAGAGAGUGAAGUAGUUGCCAUGCCGACCGCUCAGCUGCCCCCGUCACUCAUGGACUCUCCUCUUGUCACGGUCCUCGGGAACGAUUCUGCGUACGUGCAGUGGAAUGAACCAUUGCAGCUCAAUGGGAUAUUGCAGCGCUACCUGGUGAGGAUUGAGGUGGCAGAGCGCAACCUAUCUUACAUCGCCUACAACAGCUCGGACACUUUCCGCGACACCGACGUCACGGGACUGGACGCUGGAACGCCUCACGCCAUCACCGUCGCGGCGUGUACGGGGGGCGGGUGCCGAUGGAGCGAACCUGUUAGCUUCAAGACUGAAGAGGGCGCUCCAGACGGUGUGUCACCACCAGAGAUCACGUCGCCAUUGAAGGACAGGCUGGUGGUGAAGUGGAAGAAACCAACCUAUUCAAAUGGCGUCAUCACCCGGUAUGAGUUGGUGCACAACGGUCUGAAGAGAGUCUUUAAUGGUACGGGGAGAUUGAAUACCACCAUCAGGGGUCUAAAGCCAUACAGUCUGCAUCAGUUCCGGUUGUCAGCCUGCACAGAGCAGGGAUGCAGGGCAAGUGACCAGAUACAAGCGCGUACGUUGGAGGCGCCACCGGAAGGUCUUAUCAGCGUGAGUGUGCGUGCGGACGGACCCCACGGCCUGGAGGCCAUGUGGAAUACUCCUGCCGCUCCCAAUGGCAUUCUGUUCUAUGACAUCAUCGCCACGGGACUGUUUUACGCUGACAUGGGCGAGUGGAACUACAGUAUUGUUGAUGACGUGCGUGUUCUCACCACGGUCAACACAUCCAGUGCAUGGGUCGCUGCCACGGGUCUCAUCCCCGAUAGCCUGUACCGUAUUCAGCUCAACGCUAGCAACUCUGCUGGCUACCUGCUCAGUAACGUGCAGGAGCUAGAGACGCCACCGGGACCGCCGGAUGGAACAAAGCCGCCUCAGCUAACGACCUCGUCACCUUAUACAGUGAUGAGCAUGUGGGAAUCUCCCGGCAGUCCCAACACCGAUGGCACUGUGCGCUAUCAGCUACAGUAUCGACAGCCAGGGCGCAGCACCAUAGAUAUCUUCGAGGAACUGUCGACCGCUACAAGCUACUUACAGUCCGACCUUACGCCCUUCACGAAAUAUCAGUUCCGAUUAGUUGCUGUCAAUGAUUACGGUGACUCGGUCACUGACUGGGCGAUUGUCACAACCCUGGAAGACAAACCUGUAGGGGUCGACCCACCAAUGACUGACAACGUCACAUCCACCACCCUGACUCUACUGUGGGAACCCCCGUUUAGACGUCGUGGCAUCCUGACGCAUUACGGUAUCUUCCAGAACGGUGAUUUUAUCAAACAGGUAGCAGGUAACAGGACGUCAACACUCGUCGACGCGCUCAUACCAUUCACGCGGUACAGGUACUUCGUGGAGGCGUGCACCGCGGCCGGAUGCACACGCAGCCAGGAGUCCAGCGUAGUCACCACCAGCCCUGAUUCACCUGCUGGUAUCUCCGCACCCACGACCGUCGCCGAGUCUCCCACGUCCGUGCUCGUCUCCUGGAAACCUCCGUCCCUACCUAACGGAGACGUGCUGAGUUACACACUGGAGAGACGCAUACCAGGAUCGGACGUGAUCACGGAGGUGGGAAGUUUCCUACCCACGGACAACCUACGUUACGUUGACAGGUCCAUCGCUCUCUCUCCGUUCACCGCGUACGAGUAUCGCAUCACCGUCGCCAACUACGUCGGCCAGACGCCGGGAGCCUGGAGCGUGGUUACCACAAAGGCUGCAAGGCCGAGCGGCGUUCGAGCGCCCAAGGUCACCUUGAUAGAUCCCGUGUCGGUGCGAGUGAACUGGGAGGCGCCGGUGACGGCUAACGGACGGCUGGAGUACUACAUCGUGCGUCUGCCCAACCCUCGCCUCACGAUCAGGAACGUGUCCACGCUCUCCGUCGUCGUGGAUGGGCUGAUGCCGUUCAGCAAUUACUCGGUGACGGUGCAAGCCUGCAACGUGGACGGAGGUUGCACCGAGAGUCCAGCCACGCCCGUGCGCACCCUGGCGGCGGCGCCCCGACACCAGGCGCCCCCUGUGGCGACGCCCGUGUCGCAGACAAUCGUCUCGAUCGUGUGGGAGCCGCCGCGGAGUCCCAACGGACCGAACAUACGCUACCAGCUUGGCCGGCGCAAGCUGGCAGAGCCACUGAAGAACUGGACAGCAAGUGGCGAUGUGUGGGAGAAUGUCUACUAUGGUCAGGAUCUUUACCACGAGGAUAGAGGUCUGACAACAUUCACCACCUAUGUCUACAGAAUCACCGUCACUAACGCCGUCGGCUCUAUGGUAAGUGAGCCAUCUCAGCAUGUGACAACCUUUGGUGGGAUUCCCCAGAUGCCUGCCACUCUACGCGUCUCUGUGAUCGACCACGUCAGCAUCUACGUCACGUGGGACGUGCCGAAUCUGUAUGCGUUACAAGGUGAGGUGGAGCAGUACAAACUGGGAGUGUACAGCGCCGCGGACAACGCCACCGAGGUCUACGACUACGCGGAGGAUCGUAACAGCGCCACGGUAACGCAGCUGCAGCCGAGCUCAGACUACAGCGUCACCGUGGAGCUCAUCAUUAAUGGAGGCAACUCUAUUGUGAGUUCGCCCGUCGUCGUUCGCACUCUGGACGGAGCACCCGAGGGUCUGCCGUUGCCAGUGGUCAUAUCUCUGUCCGACACUGACCUUCAAGUGUCCUGGACUGUUCCCGUUAGAGCUAACGGUCGCAUUGUCAGCUACAGCCUCUUCCUGGACGGUCAGAAGAUUCCGUUAAACACGUCCGAGCCGGGAAUCACAAUCCUGAGCAACCUGCGUCCGUACAUCGUGUAUCAGCUGGAGUUGGAGGUGUGCACGGUGUACGACUGCAUACUGAGUGGCCACCUUCGUGCCACGACAGCGGAGGCUCUGCCCGAGGGGCUGGACCCGCCUGGACUCACCGUCCUCAAUUCCUCCUCCGUGCUUGUGGAGUGGUAUCUGCCGGGCAGACCUAACGGCAUCAUAGACUACUACGAGGUGGAGAGGAGAGACUUUCAACCUUGCGUCGUUCAAGUUGAGCAGGUGGAGAAACCGGAGAAGCGUAGAUGUUCUUAUGUUAGCUGUAGCAUUCUGGAGGAAAACUGCGGGGACAAGUGCUACUCUGGACAGAAGACUUGCUGUGAUAGAGUGAUACACGACAACCAGGUGUUGCACGAAUGCUGUGGCAGCAGCUAUGUCGCGCUGCGGAACCGUCCCACCGACGUCUGCUGUGGGGGAAGGUUCUACGAGAUGAUGGGGAACCACAUAUGUUGCCGAGACAGGUACAUCCAGGUAGACCGAGGAAGCACGUGUUGUCCUGACCUGAUCCAGGACAGAGUGGAUAUAGGGCGGGGAGAUGUCUGCUGUGGCAGCAUACCUCACUCUAUAAUUGUGAAGGUGGCGACAAAGCAGGAGAUUCCUCACGGUGUGAGGUUGCCUGUGGUGACGGCGGAGGGACCGACAGCGUUGCUGGUCACGUGGCAGGCUCCGUCCGCACCUAACGGCAUCAUCCAGUAUUACAACCUGACCGUGAGCAACGGCAGCGUCGUGCAUCGUCACCGCUUCACCGGCGACACCUAUACAUUCCGCGUCACAGAUCUGAUAUCGUACGGGAGAUACGAGGUCGUACUGCUGGCGUGUACAUCUGCAGGAUGCAAGGACAGCAGCCCUGUGUUUACCAGGACAGCAGAGGCUCUACCUGAAGCAGUUGCUAUCAUUGUUGUGGUUGAUUUUUGA